CCAGAAUAUACAAAUGAACAAAUUGCAAUUGCUGCAUUUGAACAGUGGUUAUUUACGGAUCUUAGUUUAUCAACUUAUCCAGCUUAUCAUUUAUCGGAACUUUCACUGGGAAGAAGCAUCAUAUCACAUCGAAUAGUUUUGCAGGUUGUCUCAAUUUUUGAUAUUGGAAACUCUUUGCACAGUCAAUAUAGGAAUCUUACUAAAAAAUGGGCUGAUAAUUCUGAUUUUGAAGCCCAUAAUGAAGACAGCAAUAAAUUCGAUGUAAAACCUCAACGUAUGUUUUUAAUGGAAGUUUCUGAUGGCAGUGUUUACCUUAAAGCUAUUGAAUAUCGAUAUAUGACGCAGUUAUCUCUUUUUAUUCAUCCUGGUUGUAAAAUAUUUUUACGCGAUGAUGUUGUUUAUCGUAAUGGUAUACUUUACUUAACAGAUUGCAACUGUACCGUACUUGGAGGUGAUGAUGAAAUGCUUAUGAAAUCGCAUAGUCCAAUAGAGGUUAUAUCAAAACGUUUAAAAAUUUUUCUAAAACCAGCGAAUACGAAAGCAAAUGCAUUAGCAUUGCAAUCAAAAGAAUCGGAAUCGGAAGGUAUUUUGGCAUUUUCAAUAUAA